CGAUCCAGCGAAUGUAAUGUAAAGAGACUGCUAAUAAAAGGAGGAAAUAUUUUAGAAAAUUUCCUUCUUGUCCGAAAGAUCUCUGCUACUCGAUGUCGAAGGCAGGAACUCUACAAACAGCUUCCAAGAUCUGAGAUUUUUCCCUGUGUUGUGUUAGGGUUUUGUUGGGUGGGGUAGUUGACGAUCUUCGAGGAAGAUUUUGUCUGGUUGUUUAAUUGUUUUGUUGAUGGUUUUAGUUUAGCUUAGACGAGUUCUAAAUACUAAAUGUCUGUUUUCAAUUAAUAAUAGAGGAUUAGAAAAGAAGCUUUCGGAAUGACGUGUUUAAGUAUUUGAAGUUGGACUUUUGUGAAGGACUUGGUCUCUCCGUAGUUUUUUUGUCGCCAUUAAUUCUUCAGACGGAUGGGGUACAUCGUUUAAUCCAUUUUGAAGGUGUCAGACCUACCCUCCAAAGCUUUGAAGGAUCGGGCGGCAUCUCAUUAUCAUAAGAGGAUUUGGUGGACAAGUAUCUAGUAGUGUGUCGAUAUGGCGUCAAAAUCAUUCAAAGCAAGCCGAUCAAACUUAUCGCAAUCGUCUGACGAUUUUGAUGCACGGCAAGGUAGGCGUCCAUUUACUCCGGUUGUGACCUUUGGCAGGAGAACUUCUUCCGGUCGGUAUGUGAGCUACUCUAGGGAGGAUCUUGAUAGUGAACUUGGCAGUGGUGAAUACACGAACUAUACGGUGCACAUACCACCAACUCCCGAUAACCAGCCCAUGGAGAUCUCCAUGGAUCCAUCUAUCUCACAAAAGGUUGAAGAGCAAUAUGUGUCAAAUUCUAUUUUUACUGGUGGUUUCAACACUGUUACUCGAGCUCAUCUUAUGGACAAAGUGAUUGAUUCUGAAGCAAGUCAUCCUCAGAUGGCUGGUGCCAAGGGUUCUUCCUGCGCUAUACCAGGUUGUGAUGGAAAGGUAAUGAGUGAUGAGCGUGGAGUGGAUAUCCUUCCCUGUGAAUGUGAUUUCAAGAUCUGUAGAGAUUGCUAUAUUGAUGCUGUUAAGAUGGGUGGUGGAAUAUGCCCUGGCUGUAAGGAUCCCUACAAGGAAACCAAUUUGGAUGAGAUAGCCAUGGAUAACGGAGGUUCAAUUCCACAGCUGCCGCCACCACCUGGGAUGUCAAGGAUGGAGAGGAGGUUGUCUUUGAUGAAAUCAACUAAGUCAGUGUUGAUGAGAAGCCAGACAACAGACUUCGAUCACAACAGGUGGCUGUUUGAAACUAAGGGAACCUAUGGAUAUGGAAAUGCCAUAUGGCCACAGGAUGGAGGUUUUGGGAAUGAGAAAGAUGAUGAGGUUGCUCAGCCUUCUGAGCUGAUGAACAAACCAUGGAGGCCUCUUACUCGCAAAUUGAAAAUUCCUGCUGCCAUUCUCAGUCCCUAUAGGCUCCUAAUUUUUGUUCGGAUGGCUGCCCUUGGCCUGUUUCUUGCAUGGAGGAUUAGGCAUCCAAACAGUGAAGCAAUCUGGCUAUGGGGGAUGUCUGUUGUCUGUGAGAUUUGGUUUGCCUUUUCCUGGCUGCUUGAUCAGCUACCCAAGUUCUUCCCUGUUAACCGAUCUACUGACCUUGCUAUACUCAAAGAUAAGUUUGAAACACCAAGCCCUAACAACCCCACUGGAAUAUCUGAUCUCCCAGGUACAGAUGUCUUUGUUUCUACUGCUGAUCCAGAGAAAGAACCACCUCUUGUCACUGCAAACACUAUUCUUUCUAUUCUUGCUGCUGAUUACCCUGUUGAAAAGCUAGCUUGCUAUGUUUCUGAUGAUGGUGGUGCCCUUCUGACCUUUGAGGCCAUGGCUGAAGCUGCAAGUUUUGCCAACUUGUGGGUCCCAUUCUGCCGGAAGCAUAAUAUUGAACCUAGAAACCCAGAGUCUUAUUUCAAUCAGAAAAGAGAUCCUUACAAAAACAAGGUACGCUCAGAUUUUGUCAAGGACCGUAGACGGGUAAAGCGUGAGUAUGAUGAGUUCAAAGUCCGGAUCAAUGGCUUGCCAGAUGCUAUCAGACGCCGUUCUGAUGCCUAUCAUGCUAGAGAGGAGAUUAAAGCCAUGAAGCUCCAGAGACAGAAUGCAGGUGAUGAACCUGUAGAAAGUGUGAAGAUUCCAAAAGCUACUUGGAUGGCCGAUGGAACUCACUGGCCUGGCACUUGGUUGGUUCCAGCAUCUGAGCACUCCAAGGGUGAUCACGCUGGAAUCAUACAGGUAAUGUUGAAACCUCCCAGUGAUGAACCAUUAAAGGGCACUACUGCUGAUGAUACUAAGCUCCUUGACUUCACUGAUGUUGACAUCCGUCUCCCCUUAUUUGUCUAUGUUUCCCGUGAGAAACGUCCUGGCUAUGAUCACAAUAAGAAGGCUGGGGCCAUGAAUGCCCUUGUUCGAGCCUCUGCCAUUAUGUCCAAUGGCCCCUUCAUUCUCAAUCUUGACUGUGACCAUUACAUCUACAAUUCCCAGGCAAUGAGGGAAGGUAUGUGCUUCAUGAUGGACCGUGGUGGUGACCGAAUUUGUUAUGUCCAGUUCCCCCAGAGAUUCGAGGGUAUUGACCCCUCAGAUCGUUAUGCCAACAACAACACUGUCUUUUUUGAUGUCAACAUGCGAGCACUUGAUGGUCUUCAGGGUCCUGUGUAUGUUGGAACUGGAUGCCUCUUUCGCAGGAUAGCCCUCUACGGUUUUGACCCUCCCCGAUCAAAAGAACACCCUGGUUGCUGCAGUUGCUGUUUUGCUCGUCGCAAGCGAGUGGUUUCCUCUAUCCCUGAAGAACACCAGGCCCUUAGAAUGGGAGACGAUGAUGAUGACAUGAACAUGUCUUUCUUCCCUAAGAAGUUUGGCAAUUCAAAUUUCCUUAUUGAUUCAAUCCCUGUUGCAGAGUACCAGGGCCGUCCCCUUGCUGAUCAUCCAGCAGUAAAGUAUGGACGCAAACCAGGUGCUCUCACCAUUCCCCGUGAACUUCUUGAUGCAUCAACAGUUGCAGAGGCCAUUAGUGUAAUCUCCUGUUGGUAUGAGGAUAAGACUGAGUGGGGCCAGCGUGUUGGAUGGAUUUAUGGAUCUGUGACAGAAGAUGUGGUCACAGGGUAUAGGAUGCACAAUAGAGGAUGGAAAUCUGUUUAUUGUGUCACCAAGCGUGAUGCCUUCCGUGGGACUGCUCCUAUUAAUCUUACUGAUAGACUACACCAGGUGCUUCGUUGGGCUACUGGCUCUGUUGAGAUCUUCUUCUCUCGCAACAAUGCCAUCUUUGCCAGCUCAAAGAUGAAGUUCUUGCAGCGGAUUGCAUACCUUAAUGUCGGAAUUUAUCCAUUUACCUCCAUCUUCCUCAUUGUGUACUGCUUCCUCCCAGCACUCUCUCUCUUCUCUGGCCAGUUCAUUGUCCAGAGCCUUAAUGUUACCUUCCUUGUCUAUCUCCUCCUCAUCACUUUGACCCUCUGUAUGCUGGCCAUCCUUGAAAUCCGGUGGUCAGGUAUUGAGCUAGAAGAGUGGUGGCGGAAUGAACAGUUUUGGUUGAUAGGAGGCACAAGUGCUCAUCUUGCUGCUGUGCUUCAAGGGUUAUUGAAAGUCAUUGCAGGGAUAGAGAUCUCCUUCACUCUAACAUCCAAGUCAGCCGGGGAGGAUGAGGAUGACGAGUUUGCUGACUUAUACAUUGUUAAGUGGACAUCCUUGAUGAUUCCGCCGAUCACUAUAAUGAUGACCAACUUGAUUGCAAUUGCAGUUGGGGUAAGCCGGACCAUAUACAGUACUUUACCGCAGUGGAGCCGUCUUCUAGGUGGAGUAUUCUUCAGCUUCUGGGUCCUGGUACAUCUCUACCCCUUUGCCAAAGGGUUGAUGGGAAGAAGAGGAAGGACACCCACCAUUGUGUUUGUCUGGUCAGGCCUGAUUGCCAUCACCAUCUCCCUCCUCUGGGUGGCAAUCAAUCCCCCGUCUAAUAGUACUGAGAUCGGAGGUUCGUUCCAGUUCCCAUAACGGAUCAUUCAUUUUUAAGUUUAAUCCAGCUUCAAUCUUUUUUUAUCGAAUUCUUUUCCCCGGAUGUAAAUCAUGGUGACUGUACUAGGGGUCCUUGUAUCUUCACAAGUGAUCUCCAGUUUCAAUUUUUAGGGGUGACCGGGGUGGCUGUGGCUUUUGAGGGAAUGCAGAUUUUUUUUCCGCUUUAUUUCUCUCACAUGUAUCCAAAUUCUUACCGUUGAUAGAGGGAGGGAUUACAUGUGUCUAUUUUCAUUCGUUUGUAAUUCUAUAGAAUCUAAAGUUAAACUAAACUGAAUACUCCAUCAAAUUCAUCAUAAACUAGCUUAUGGAGUAUUACUUCACUGUUCCUGUUAUUUUCUAGCCUCUCCCUCAUCCUUCCUUUAAAUUGGUAUACUCUUGUAUUAGUUUUCAAUCCCUCUUUUAGUUUUGACUUUUGAGCUCUUAUUUUCAAGAUAGGUGUAAAAUUAACCAUGGAUCAUUGAGAAAACUAAUAACAGUGGUACAGCUAGGUUUGCACUA